AUGAAGACGGCCGACGCGGACCCGUACGAGUUUUUCCGCUGGAAAUCGUCGUGCGGACGACUUGUGGUUCGGACCACGUGGGUGAGCGGCGUAAGGCACGUCUUGUUGUCUGACGACGACAAAUCGCCCGAAAAAGAAAAACGACUCCAGCUCCGGAGGACGCACGUGGACCGUGGGACGCAGAGCUCGAGGAUAGUCGAUGACCACGAUGACGAAGACUGCAGUGAAUACAAUUGCAACGACGACGAAAAUUACGUGGAACGCGUGUUGCAGUGGUUGCAGAAGCCGUCGGUGGAGCUAGAUGCCCGCCGGAAACCCAUGUCGGCGCCGGGCAUCGACACUCGCGGCUGCAGGCGCCCGGCGCUUGUCAAGACCUGUUCGAUCCCGGAACGCAAUAGCCCUAGGUCCGAACAUCGGCAGGCGAUUGUGAUCCACAACGAGAGGCCGACGACGACGACGAGAACAUGCGUAAAGAGUCGGCACAAAACCGAAUUGCACGUCCACAUGCCAUCCGUAAUGCAGGGUGGUGGUCCAGCCACCACGGCCGAUAAUGGUAAAAUCACCCACGACUACGAAUGUUACUAG